AUGUUUAUCCUCCUUGGCAUGUGUGAUGGCCUUUAUCUCCAGGUCUUCUGCUUCCUCAUGUUCCUCAUGAUAUAUAUAAUCACAUUAUCGGGCAAUCUUCUUUUGAUUCUAGUGGUGAGGAUCAACCCAACUCUUCAGACCCCCAUGUAUUUUUUUCUGAGUAAUCUUUCCAUCAUAGACAUCUGCUUCUCCUCCAGCGUCGUGCCCAAAAUGCUGAUCAACACCUUAUCUAAAGACAGAAGUAUCUCUUUGCUGGACUGUGCUGUUCAAAUGUACAUCCAUCUAGCCAUGGGUGCAUGUGAGUCCAUCUUACUGGCGGUCAUGGCCUAUGACAGAUUUGUCGCCAUUUGCAGACCCUUGCACUAUAACAUCAUAAUGAACAAGAAGUUUUGUGUUGGGUUAGCUAGCAUGGCAUGGAUUGUGGGAUUCCUGAACUCUUUUAUUCUUGUGGUCCCUACUUUGCGCCUGCCAUUGUGCUGGUCCAACCACAUUGACCAUUAUUUCUGCGAGAUACCUCCAUUCUUACAAAUGUCCUGCAGUGAUACAAGAAUCAAUGUAAUAGUUAUAUAUAUCUCGGCAGGGAUCAUUGUCAUGUGUUCCUUCAUUCUGACUUUGGUUUCUUAUACUCAGAUCAUCUCCUCAAUAUUAAAGAUUCGUAGCUUGCAAGCCCACCUCGCUGUGGUUACCAUCUACUAUGGGACCAUCAUGUUCAUGUAUAUGAGGCCACCAACCGCCCACUCUCCCAAACAUAGACAGGACUGUUCCAAUUGUCUAUACGGCUGUAACUCCACUGUUGAAUCCAUUCAUCUACAGUAUGAGGAAUACAGAGGUCAAGGAGACCUUUAA